UGAAAUGGGUUGCCUCCCAUGCAACGCUUAAUAUUUAUAGUCCUUUAGCCUGGACUCUUCUCCUUGUUCACACGUCUUGGGGUGCCUCCUUCAUCAUGGGCGGAUGUAGACGUCUUUGGGCUUCUCUUGUGGGCUUGGCACCAUCUUCUAACAGGAUCCGGUGGACACACGUGGUUGGGCUUCUCUUGUUAUCUGCUAGAGUCCAACUAAUGGCAGUCUUGUGCUUCUUCAACACGUCCACCAACUUCCUUUCUUGCUCUACCUCCACAACGUCUUCUUCUUCAUUAUGGGCCACUUGGGCCUUCUUGUGGGCUCUGGGAAGGUCCAAUAGCGCACGUUCACUCCUAGUGAUGAUAACUUGGGCUUGCUCAUUCCUUGGGUUAGGCACCUCUACAACGUCUUCUUCUUCAUUAUAGGCCACUUAGGCCUUCUUGUGGGCUCUGGGAGGGUCCAAUAGCACACGUUCACUCCUAGUGAUGAUGGCUUGGGCUUGCUCUUCCCUGUUUCAGCAAUCCAGCCCAUGAAAUGGUUGUACCUCGGGCCUCCAACCAUAGCUACAGUUGAAGGCAUUGAUCCGAGAUAUGCCUGGGACUUUUCUUUUCCGUGAUUUACGGAAGCUUUCGGCUAUUGUUAUCUGUCACUGCUCCUCGAAAUUUGUUUGGUUCCCCCACGCGCUCCCCACGCGCCAAUAAUCCUUGCUUUUCCGUGUUUAAGGGAAACUUUAAUCUAACGCGUUCUUUGACUCUCCGAGACAGUCCUUCUCUCUCAGAUCUUCAGUCCUUCUCUCUCAGAUCUUCAGUUAUUCUCUCUCAGAUCUUCAAUCCUUCUCUCUCAGAUCUUCAGUCCUUCUCUCUCAAUCCAUCACCAAUGGAACCACAAACCCAGCAACCAACCGAGGAUGGAGGAAGAAACAAAGCAGUCGGGAGUAGUGCUAACAUGCUUUGCAGGCGGAGCAGUACCAGGUGGACUCCCACUCCAGAUCAGAUAAGAAUCCUCAAUGAGCUUUUCUACAACAAGGGAGUUAGGUCCCCAACCGUAGAGCAGGUUCAGCGGAUCUGUUUCCAGCUGAAAAGGUACGGAAAGAUCAAGGACAAGAAUGUCUUUUAUUGGUUCCAGAACCACAAGGUUCUGGAUAAACAGAAGAAGAAGUUCACUUCGAAUGUUCAUGUGCCCAUGCAAAGAUCAGGGUUUGUUGGUAAUGGUACCAAUUGGACACCUGAGGAUAAGUAUAUUAACUUCGGAUCUUCAGCAUUUGUUUCUGCUUCUUCAGCUGGUGUUAGUGGAUCCAUUAAGGAGAUUGAAACCCUUCCACUGUUCCCCAUGCAUGGUGAGGACAUUUUUGGCAACAUGAAGACUACUUCCGAGGGAGGUAGCGGCUAUGGCUACUACUCCGGUGGCUCGGGCGGCUACAACGGUGGCUCUCGCAUUUCCCUUGAGCUCAGCCUCAACUCCUCCGGAUCUGUUGACUUGGAUUAG